CAGAACGACCGAACACCAGGGGAAGCACCGCUCACGUCGCCCGGUGUGUCACCAACCUACAGUCACCGUACACUACAGGUGCCCCGAACUGAGGUUUCUCUGCACUGCAGUCCACGCCUGUACCAGAAAUGUUGGGUCUGACUGGAACAGUCACAUUUGUAUUAGCCACUGCAUUCAUGGCGUUGCAAACCGAAGGUCUGAAUGAAACUGUAUUGUCGGCAAAGCCAUUUCUCCCUCCGGGUUUUCCUUGUCCUAUCGGAGAAUUCCCGUGCGGAAACUCCUCCGUAUGUUUGGAGCAGAGCAAGCACUGUGACGGGGUGGAGGACUGUGAAAAUGGGGCGGACGAAAGAAACUGUGGGGAUAUUACUGGUUGGGGACAUGACUUCGACAAGACCGUGCAAGUGUUCGACUGGGAUUCAUAUCAACCUCCAAGAGCUGACAUAUGUAUUCUGCCAGACGUACCAGCCCCAUGUAACUGUAGUCACGAGACCAGAGUGUACUGUGACGGGAAAGGUCUACACACAGUACCGACUGACAUCCCGACCAACACAACCAAACUGUACGUCCAAGACAACAACAUAACGGUCGUGAUGAACGAAUCCUUCAUAAACUAUACAAAGCUGGUGUCAUUGAAUCUCCAAAGAAACAACAUCCGGGUAAUACAGAGAAGUGCUUUCAAGGGGCUCCGAAACCUUCAAAAGCUGUAUCUAAACUAUAACUUGCUGGAGACGUUGGAACCUUUCACCUUUAAAGAUAUGAAGACUCUUACUUGGCUGUACUUGGACGACAACAGGAUAACAACACUUCAACACCAGACUUUUUUCGGACUGCAGAGUCUAUUUUGGCUUGAUCUUAGAGAAAACAGAAUUUCACAUCUGAGAGGAGAAGCAUUUUGCGAGGAUAUGCCGUCACUCCGUUGGAUGGAAUUGGACCAAAACCGGAUCCAGCGGCUAUGUCCGGAGAUGUUUGCCGGCUGUGCAAACCUCACAAUACUCCGGUUGCGGAACAACUCCAUUACUUCCAUAACACGACGUGCGUUGGAUACAUUGACGGGGCUUGAAGAUCUAGAUUUGUCAUGGAACCAGGUCAGCGUGAUCCCAGAUGAUGCCUUCAAAAACAUGCAAAUGCUUUUGUCGUUGAACUUGUCAAUGAAUCCGAUAGAGAGGCUGCAGUUGGACUUGUUUGAUGGACUGGCAAAUCUGACGUCACUUGACCUAGGGGGAUUGACGAUGCACAACUUGUCCUACCGCCUGUUCAGAAAUUUGAAGAAACUAGACUUCAUCUACUUUAGCCAGUUCCGUUACUGCGGGUUCGCCCCUCACGUGCGCAGCUGCAAACCCAACACGGACGGCAUCUCGUCACUCGAGAACCUGCUGGCCAACGUCAUCCUGCGCAUGGCAGUCUGGGUAGUCGCCAUCUUGAUCUGUCUCGGCAACACGAGCGUGAUGAUUGGACGAACGGUCAUGAAGCAGGAGAAUAAAGUUCACUCUCUCUUCAUCAGAAAUCUGUGUGCGUCAGAUUUAAUCAUGGGGAUCUACCUGCUGAUCAUCGGGUCCAAAGACCACGUGUACCGCGAUGUGUACAACCAGUACGCACAGGAGUGGAAGCAGAGCUACAGCUGCCAUAUCACAGGCUUCUUCGGAAUGCUGUCCGCUGAGGUGACCGUGCUGCUGCUGACGUACAUGUCCGUGGAGAGAUUCCUCUGUGUGGUGUUCCCCUACCGAGAGAGCCACCCCAACGUCCGACAGGCAGGCACAGUCAUAGCGAUCAUCUGGGUAGCCGGUGUGACACUGGCGGCAAUUCCGUUCACGUCAUCGAUGUACUUCGGCAACUUCUACGGCAGCAACGGCGUGUGCUUCCCGCUGCAUCUACACGAACCGUACGGCAACGGCUGGGAGUACAGCGCCUUCAUCUUCCUGGGGAUCAACUUCACCUCUUUGACUGUGAUUCUGUUCGCUUACAUCGGCAUGUUCAUCUCCAUUCAUCGCACAAGGCGUUCGUUGAAGUCCCCACUGUCUCUUCUAAGCGACAUGUCCUUUGCCAAGAGGUUCUUCUUCAUCGUGCUCACGGACUCCCUGGUCUGGAUUCCCAUCACUGUCAUGAAGUUCAUGGCGCUCACAAACGCACCUAUCUCAGGUUCCUUGUACGCUUGGAUCGUGAUCUUCAUCCUGCCGAUCAACAGCGCCAUCAACCCCAUCCUGUACUCCCUCACCACACGGACCUUCACCAACAUGCUCGGCAACCUGGUGGAGAAGUCACCCUUCAGACCGGUGAAAGCCAAGUGUCCUACAGACGGCGGACACAGGGAUGAAGUUUCGGCGACUACUGGUACCACAGGCCUGUCCCUCAAGCACACCAGAUAUCACAGAGGGAAAAGGUGCCAAUCGGAGACCGAGUCGUCCAUGUCGAUGGCCAACACGUCACCACUUGCCACCAUCCACACCCCUGACGUCGGCGUCCCGACUGUAGACGGCGAGAUGACCGUUAGAUUUUCAAAAUUCAGCCUCGACAGCGUUCCUGAAAUACCAUCCAAUGAGGAGGAAGACUGGGACUUCGGAUACGGAAUAUCAGACAUUUGCACCAUCAGCUGUGGUAGGCGCUUGGUGACCACCAUAUGCGAACACAGUAUUUCGGACAAGGCGUCCGUAAAAUCAGAACAAAAGAGUGAAGAAAUUACUGAGGACUGCCAGGAAUCAAAAUACACAGAUACAGAUACAGAAACAACAGGGCUGUAAGAACUAUCAACAUCAUCAUAAGUUUUACUUCGAUGAAGCUUGCAAUGCUUCUGUACAGACUUAGCAAGUAUUUGGUGAAAGUUUACCCAUACACAAGGACUUGAUUGUGUCAUGUUGACGUAAUGAUGUACCACUGAAAUAAGCGUGUAUGACAUGAUAAUGGACGACAGCAAACCAGAUUAACUAACGACAAGAUACAUAAAUAUGUAUAGCUACUAUAGCUGAUCAAUUGAUCAAAGUCGACGGAAUUGACAUAUCAAUCGCAUGUCAUUGACGUUUAAAUAAACGGUACCCUAGAAAAUUAAAAUGUAUAUGUGUGCAUCAAAUGUGUGCGAACAAAAAAUCCCUUUACUUGGUUUGUAGAACUAUUAGUUUUUUGAUUACCAAAAAAUCCAUAUUGAUCUCUUUCCUUUUAAUGUCUUUGUGCAGUUCCGUACCUUGAUGAAAUCCUGACCUCUUCUUUUGGAUGCACUGUUGCAAUCACAAAAUGUAACAUACCUUGUAGAAAACACUACAGGAAAUUGCUUACCAUGUACCAAGUAUUACGUCUCCUUAUUGAAGACUACCAUAUUAAAAUGAAAAGGAUCCAUUGUGACACUGCAGAGUAAUUAGAUUACAAAUACCUGUAAGAAUUAUUUCAAUUCAACACUCGUUUUCUACAGAUGACAAUCUAGUGCCUGACGAGUGCAUGAUGAGUGUACGAAGGAAUAGUGCCCAAGACAUCAGAAAACCGUUUGGAUGAGAAGAAACCAAGAAAAGCUACCAAAUACCUUAACACCUGGGUUCUUUGUGAAUGUGAAAGUUUGAAAGUUUUUUUCAUUCAAAUAUUUGAAGAUUUGAAAGAUUUAUUCAUUCACGGAAGCAAAUGACGCCCUCCGCAACGUUGAGACACACCGCAUUAUUUUUCACUACACUCUCGAUGUCUCCUGCUGAGUUAAGUUAAAAGUUAAAGUUGCCUAUACAGAUGCGUAGGGGUGGCGCCCUUCUCCAUUUCUGUAGCCCUUGGGCCACACAUUUGUGCAAGUCACUAGAGCAAGAACUGGUCUGCUGCUGGUAGUGAUGUAUGUUUAACUCCCAUACUCUUCUCCAAAUAUGAGUGCUGAUAUAAGCAAAGAAAGCAGCAUGUACCGUUUUUAAAGUGUGUAGUAUGACUCGGUCGGGGGUCGAACUCUCGACCUACAGAAUGAAAGGCGAACACUCUACCCACACUCCCACUCCUGCUGAGGCCAACCCUUUAUAUGAGCACCGGCAGCCAAAUUGCACAAUUUUUCGGGACGUUGAACAAUUUUAUUCCUUAUCGAUUCCCGCAGGAGGAAUUGGCUGACAUCGCAUGAGUCGAAUUAUAACGAUAAGUCACACGUCAACUGUCAUGGGCAUGGGCUGGCAAGAAACUCAGACUAGGAUAUGAUGUAUGACUUUUGUUGUACCUUACACAUGCGGUAUGAAACAUUCCUGAUUAAAUUUUACUGGUAACAUUGUUGAUUAAGGUCUUUACAUCUUCAAAUAUUUGCUUAUAGAUUUGCUUACAAGACGCUGCAUAUCUAUGCUGAAAUGAGAAAUGGAGAAGACAACAUCACAGCAAUAACAGACGUGGCAUUUCGAAAGUUAUUCAACAUGACAUUUGAGAGCUUA